UCCCCAGCUCUUUUUUAUCCAUUUUCGCUUAUUCUGCUUUUUCUCUUAAUAUAAUCCAAAUACCUAACAGAAAAGAAAAAAAAAAAAAAAGGAAAACUACGUGUGGUGCUUUUUUCGAAUUCCACCGCCGCGUCUUAUUUCUCUGUCCAGAAUAAUUUUUCCCGAGAAACAAACAAAGCAACCCUAUUAGAACUCGCCACUUGUGUUUUGCGAAAAAGAUAGGCUCAGAGAAAAUUCUCCCCAAUCGACCUAUUACGCAGUUGGAUAGAGUUUCCCAGUUUUAUCCAUUUGCCUCGGUUACAACAAAUAAUUAAUUUUUUUUUUAAUUUGAUUUUAUUUCUAUCUAGAAGUAAUUUCACGACUAGGAAAAAUAUUUUCCUUCUGAUACUCAAUUUUCUCGGGAAAAAGGAACUAGACAAAAUGAUGAGAAGGCAACAAGAUCAGCAGUCGGGGGUUUUGUAUGAGCUUUCAUCUCUAGUCCUCAACAUCCUUCGAUCUCCUCCAUCGCCGAUUCCGUUUUCCGAUCAGUUACCGGAGAUGCCUCCGACGCGGAGGUUAUCACCGACAUCCUCGUCCUCGGCGGCGUCGCAGAUCUCGCCGGCAGGGUUUGCCUCGCUCUUAUUAGGGAUUUCUUUGGCUCUGAUGCUUUGUGGGUCAGUAACUUUCUUCAUCGGAUUCAUAUUGAUGCCUUGGGUUCUAGGAUUGGUGAUGGUGUUCUACGUGGCUGGGAUUGUUUCGAGCCUCUCCAUGUUGGGUCGCUCCAUUUUUUGUUACGCCAUGGGACCUUCUCAGCCCCGGAAGGAAAUUCCUGCAUGGAAAGUAUUGUGAAGAGGAUGAGGCGAGUCAUAGGAGGAAUUAAAUGCUUCGUUAAAAGCAGAGCAGCACACAGAAUAUGUUGUUGUGGUUGAUUGGUUGUUGUUGCUGCUGUGUUUAGAUUCUAAUGCGAAGUGAAGUUAUAGAAUCAUCAUCAUCUUCUUCAAGAACUGUGGAUAACCAAUCUUCAAAUCAAAUUUUACUGAACUAUGUGGAUACAACUUCUUUUGUUAAGUUCAAAUAGCAAAUCAAUGGAAGUGUUUAUUAUUUACUACUACUGCCCCAAUAUGAGAACAUGGGAUAUGGUCUUUUGUUUUCAUACUUACCAAAUUAGCUCUCAAAGUUUCUUUUUUCUUCUUCUUUUUUAUGUGUCAUUUUAAUCUGUAAAUUUACAUUAUUAUAGGCACUAUUGUUAUUGAUGAUGAGGAGGGCUGAAAUGAGGUCAAAAAAGUGGAAUCAUAUGCUUCUCACAAAUACUAAACCUUAAAAUAAAAUGUUACAUUAAUCA